UUUUCCUCACGGGAGAAAAAGCCAAUUCAGUAUUAAAACGCUACCCAAGAGCUAAUGGACUUUUUGAAGAAAUAAGACAGGGCAACAUUGAGCGUGAAUGCAAAGAAGAAGUCUGCACAUUUGAAGAAGCAAGAGAAGCUUUUGAAAAUAAUGAAAAAACUAAAGAGUUUUGGAACACCUACACAAAAGCACAACAAGGAGAGAGUAACAGAGGAAGUGACUGGUUUCAAUUUUACCUUACCUUUCCAUUAAUCUUUGGCCUCUUCAUUAUCCUCCUUGUCAUUUUCCUGAUCUGGAGAUGCUUCCUAAGAAACAAAACUCGCAGACAGACAGUAACUGAAAGCCACAUCCCUUUCCCUCAGCACCUUAAUAUUAUCACUCCGCCUCCCCCACCAGAUGAAGUGUUUGAUAGCAGUGGAUUGUCACCAGGCUUUCUGGAAUAUGUAGUUGGACGCUCAGAUUCUGUCUCGACUCGCCUGUCCAACUGCGAUCCUCCACCAAGCUAUGAGGAAGCCACUGGCCAGGUGAACCUUCAGAGGAGUGAAACAGAACCUCAUUUAGAUCCACCCCCGGAGUAUGAGGACAUCAUCAACGCCAACUCAGCCAGUGCCAUUGCUAUGGUGCCUGUGGUCACCACCAUCAAAUGAAACUACAGACUUCUUUUUACUAUAAUAAUUUUUAAAAUACUAAUGAAAGAACUUUCUAGCACUUUACCACUACAUAAAUGUGUAUUGACUUAUUGUAUUGGAUUCUGACAGCAUACCACUUCACAUUUCUGAUUUGAUUUUUAUUAGUUUUGUUUCCUACUAUAAAAUCAUUAUCCCAGCUCAUUUUUACUAAUGGAAAUACAUGAAGAGGGAAAAACAUAGUGGAGUUCCUCAAGUGAUAAUGAUGAGCUAUACAUAUAUAUGUCUGUGUGUGUAUACAUAUGUAUUCAUAUAUAUAUAUAUAUAUAUGUAUAUAUGUAUAUGUUAUGUAUGUGUACAUCAGUCCACCAUAUGUGCAACUGUCUUAAGUCAUUAACUUCUGUUUAAAUCACCUGCAAAGAGACCAUUACUCACCAAAAUUGGGGGGGAAAGGCACCAACAAUUUGUGUAAUAGAUAGCAACAUGCUGUUAAAUUUUGAAAAUAAAAUGAAAUUAGCAUGUUUUCUAAUUAUUACUGGCUUUUGUUUACCUCCUACCUUAAGAGAACAAAAAAUGCAUGUAGUCCAUCUUGAUUUUCAAAAUGUCUCAGAAAGAGACAGGGAAGGCACAGUAAACAAUAAUUUGCCUAUACUAUAUACCAAGAAAAUCAAUGGUCUUUCAUGGCAUUUGGCUAGUUUUGUAGGAGGGAUUAUUUUGUUGUUGUUGUUGACUGCCUCCCCCCCCCCCCAGCGA